AAAAAGCCUAUGGUUAAUAAAAUUUGAAAGCAGUUUCGUUUUGAAUUUUUUAUUGAACAAGCCAAAAAUGCGUUUCUUUAUGGUUAUGGCUUUGUUGGCCUUCUUGGCCGUCAGCUUUGUGGCUGCCCGUCCAGCUGAGGAAGAUGGCUCCUCGGUGGUCCAAUCUGAGGACGAUUCCUUGUCUGGAAAUGAUGACUCUGAGAGUAGCAAUGUGGAUGGAACAGGAGCAGAUUCUGAUGGAGAGUCCAGCGAUAAUGCUUCAGAAGGUGAUGACAGUGACAACGCUGGAUCCGAGGGACAAUCUAGUGGAUAUAAUGCAUCAGAGGGAGAAGCUAGUGAAGAUGGAGCUUCUGAAGGAGAAGCCAAUGAGUCCAGUGGCGAUAAUGCAUCGGAAGGAGAAGGCAGUGGAGACGGCGAAUCCGAGGGCUCAGAUAAUGGUGACAGUGAAUCCGAGGGAGAAUCCAGCGGUGUCAAUAAAGGUGAGGACCAGUCCACCGGAGAUAAUGAGCCAGUGGGAGAGAACAAUGGAACCUCCGAGGAAGAAUCCAAUGGAGAUACCGAGGGAGAAUCGAAUGGAGACUCUGAGGGAGAAUCCAAUGGAGACUCUGAGGGAGACUCCAAUGGAAACUCCGAGGGAGAAUCCAGUGGAGACAAUGAAGGCGAGGAAGAGUCCACCGGAGAUAAUGAGCCGGAGGGAGAAAACAAUGGAGACUCCCAGGGAGAUUCCAUUGGAAACUCCGAGGGAGAGUCCAAUGGAGACUCUGAGGGAGACUCCAAUGGAAACUCCGAGGAAGAAUCCAGUUGAGACAAUUCAUCCGAAAACAGCAACGAGUCCGGAAACAAACAGAAGAAACCCAGGCGCCGUGGUCCAUUGAUUUUCGGACAUGGACCAGUUGUGUUCCAAGCCAGGCCUUUGUUUCUCAUCAAGGCCCAUUAAUAUUUUUUAACUAUUUAUUUUUAAUUGUUGUGCAUUGAAUAAAAUUCAGAAAGAGCUUUUCAA